AUGACGUCCUUCCCUGACAUUCCUCCGGAAAUCGUCAAAGAGAUCAUCGAUGCUCUUCAGGAGGAUCUAACCUCCUUGAAAGCGUGCUCGCAGACAUGCCAAUCGCUUCUGCCAUUGUGCCGCCAACAUAUCUUUCGGACCAUCAGUCUCACUCGCCAUCACGCUGGUGGCCAUCGUUCACGCAUGCUCAAAUCACUGAGGCUUCUUCUUGACAGCAACGCAGACAUUGCACAUUAUGUUCGAAAUCUUGUUUAUGAGAUCGAGCAUAACGACGAGGGGGAUGACAACGUUCGAGUAUUGGAAAAACUUCAUCCAGUUCAGACCCUCGAACUUAAUGGUUCUAAUGCCCACUGGAAUACAUUGCGCUCACCAAUGCAAGAAGCAUUACUGCGUCUCAUUCAUUCACACUCGUUGAUACGUGCGCGAAUCUACUUCUUCUGGGACUUUCCAGUCACAGCAUUCAUUCCCUGCGUCACUCUCACCGACCUCGCAAUAAAUUCAAUUGGUCUUACUGCCGCCACAAAAUGUGAUAAGGACGAGGAGUAUACUACCUUGGAUCUCGUCCCGCAUAUACGGUCUUUCACUUUCGGUUGUGCCGAUGACCCUUUUGUCACGAAACUUUUCCACGUCAAACGUUCCUCCAACGUUCCAAUGCUCGAUUUUCGUGAUCUCAAGGAGUUGAAUAUUCAUGCGCGCUUCAAGGGCUACUUUGAGGGGAGGAAAACGUUGCUACAAGCCUCGGAAAAGCUUGAAAUUCUACAUUAUCGAGUGACAUAUUUGGAUGACGGAUGCAAAGAUCUGUUUGCUUGGAUGAACAAAUCCUCUUUGUCGACGUUAAAGAGACUUCACAUCGUGUUGGGAAUCAAACCAAAAUUCAAAGACCCCCUGUGCGGUCUUUGCGAUGAGCUCACUCAAUUCGCGGGACGCAACGUUAUCGAAGAAAUCACCCUGAACGUCUUCACCUGGACUGACCAGCAAUGCACCACUGACCGUACAAAAUGGGGCAGGCUUGACACCGUACUCGCUGACGGAUUUCCUAUGCUUCGUCGGGUUUCGCUUCACAUUGAUAUCAAAAUUUCCUCCUGUCGGUAUUUGAUGCGGAUAAAAAUAGAAUUACCUCUGAGCUCGAUGGGCUCGGAUCUUCUAUGCUUGAAUUCAAUGUGGCACUCCUUCCGCAACGUCGGUGUUUUUGCAAGGCCAACAACGAACUGGGACCGAUGGCCGUCGUCAUGUCGAGUCUUUGAGAAGACGGGAGACACCCAUUCAGUUAUUAUCCAAGUCCGAUUGGUCUUCUUAGAUCGCAUUGGUGACCUUGUGCCAUUAACUUUCACUAAAAAUGGAGAUCCCGGGACCGUAACCGGUUUGUCGGGUUAUUGGGAUAUUUUCGGGCAAUACGAACAAUCACCGGCCUACCCACUAAACCCAUUUUCAACGAUGCUCUCAGCUGUAUCCAGUCAAUUCCAUGUAGAACGACCCUCCGACGUCCACGCGUUACCAGCCGGAACGAUUCUCCUACACCCCUCGUAUUCAACUGGCCAUACCCAGCUCCCAUGGUUGACACCCUCGCUCCAUUUGGCUAUAGACUUGCAGUUGGUAGUUAAACGAUGUGUUAAGCGCUCUGACGACGAUGAUUGGCCACUAUAUGAGGGGGUAAACCUGUGCUUCGAAACCAAAUUUCAAAACGCUCCGCUUAGUGAUUUUGUUUACUUGUGGAGCCUCAGGUGA